GAUGAUAUUUUAGUCCAAAAAGUGAAUCGUUGUGGAAUACAUUAAGAUGUGGUUAAAGUUGCUUGUAUCUCUGCUCCUGGUGCAAUAUUUGAAUGCCGUUUGUGAUGUUUGUCAGACCGGAAAAGCAGCGUGUCAUAGCAAAAACACUUAUUCGAUAUGCAUAAACGAUGUACCAACAUAUAAUGUUAUAACGUGCCCCGAUGGCUACACAUGCACUGGUGAUAAGUUUAUUUGUUAUCCAGAGGAAGAUGGCUACGAACCAAUUUGUAAUCCUGAAGAUUCAAUCACAAGUGAUACCACUACUACGAUUGAAAGCACUACUCCGACUACCACAACACCAACAACCACAACACCAACAACCACAACGCCAACAACCACAACUCCAACAACCACAACUCCAACAACCACAACACCAACAACCACUACACCAACAACCACUACACCAACAACCACAACUCCAACAACAACAACACCAACAACCACAACACCAACAACCACAACUCCAACAACCACAACGCCAACAACCACAACACCAACAACCACUACACCAACAACCACUACACCAACAACCACGACGCCAACAACCACUACACCAACAACCACUACACCAACAACCACGACGCCAACAACUACUACUUCGACUACCACAACAACUGCUGAAAGCACAACUUCAAGCUCCUCGACGACAGUCGAUACGGAUUAUAAAACAUUCUGCACUGCAAAUGGAAAUGGAAAUUUCACAAAUGAUGAUGAUCCUACCUGUACAACAUACAUCCUUUGCUAUAGGAAUAAGGGAGCGGUAAAGGACUGCGAGAUAGUAAACGAUAAGCAAGGAUACUUUGACGGUACUGAAUGUGUGUAUACAAAGCCAGCCACUUGUACAUAAAUAGUAAAGAAACAUAAAAACUACAACAACAAGAACAAUAUAUUUUGAAAAAUAAGCAUGUUCUCAAAUUAAA